AUGCCCUACUUGGAGGAGCACAAAAGCGUAGUCGACAUCGUUAGUAGUAAAAUAAAAGUCGACGGAAAAUGGCACGAAUUGGUAAGGGCCCAAGGGGCCGUAAACACAAUACAGGCAGAGACGGACCCAGACCCAGUCCUAACGAAGGCAGUAGAGGGUAGCGCCACCGACGGUGUAGGCCGCGAGAAAUUGAAGCAGAUUCUGUGGACGUUCAAAGAGUUGUGGCUCGGUGAUGAACUAGGACGCACGACCGUUGUAGAGCACGGGAUAGAGGUCACUGAUCCCAAACCCAUCGCAUGCCGGGGAAGGCGGUAUAACGACCAGCAGAAGGCGGUCAUUGAACAAGAAGUGGCCGAUAUGUUUAGUAAAGGAGUAAUUCGGCCGAGUCGAAGCCCGUACGCAUCAGGAGUCGUCCUAGUGAAGAAGAAGACCGGAGAGUGGCGGUUUUGUGUGGACUACCGACCACUCAAUGAAGUAACGGUGAGGGACGAAUUCCCACUACCGAGGAUCGACGAUCUGCUGCGAGCAACCUUAGGGCAGGAUAUUGGCGAGUAG